CUGUCCUUUGGACGCAAAUAACCAAAUAGAGAGUCCACGUCGGACGACUAGUUUAGCCAUCAGUUGAUGUUCCAUCUGAGAUUUGUCACCCAUACACCUAACUCUCUCACCUUCUACAACACAACAAUGAAUCCCCUUCCUUAUAUACUCUUUCUCCCCAAAUUUCCCUCACAAAAUUAGGGUUUCCCUCUCAAUCAGAAACCUAGUGGAGAACUGAAUCACUUUCUGGGGUUUUUAUCUACAGAAACUCGAGGCUUUUUUUUGUUUUGGUUCAGGGUCAAUUUGGGAACUUUAAAAUCCAGCAUUUUCCUAAAGUUAUGUCAUCGUUCGGAAUGCAGUGUUUGGAGACAGAACCGGAGUUAAACAGCAACGUUGUAACGAUCAAUGUCGGCGGCCAAAUUUUCCAGACAACCAAACAAACCCUAACCCAAGGGGGCCCCAAAUCCCUCCUUUCUCAACUCGCUGAAACGACGUCCAAACGUUUCGUCGACCGUGACCCAGACUACUUCUCCCUCCUCCUCUCUCUCCUCCGCUCCGGCACGCUCCCUUCCAAAGUCAAAGACUUUGACCUCCACGACCUCAUCGAGGAAUCCAGAUUCUACGGCCUCGAAUCCCUGUUGAACAACUCUUUGACCAAUCCAUCUCACUUUGACGCUUUUGCCCUCCAAAAAUCGUUAAUAUUACCCUUGAACGGCCGCGACUCGCCUUCCACAAUCGCCACGACGCCGUCCGGAACCGUGCAUGUGGCCCACGGUAGCAAGAUCACUUCUUUCGAUUGGUCCUUGACUAGAAAGUCAACGAUUUUGACCCAAUUCACAGCCGUCGAUUCCUUGCUUGCAAUCUCCCCGGAUAUCGCGGCGGCCGGGGCAACCGACUUCUCGGGCCUCCAGAUUCUCGAUCUUCAAAACGGCUCCGUCAAACAAGUCCUAAAUUGGGAAAACGUGACCCGUUCUGGUUCAACGGUGCAAGCCAUUGGUUCAUCGAGCGAGUUCUUGUUUACAAGCUUCGAAUCUGGUAGGAGAAACUCGAAUUCAAUUAUGGUUUAUGAUUUGAAUACUUUGAACCCUGUUACUGAGAUUGGUCAUAACGAGAUUUUUGGGGCUGAUCUUGAUUCAGCCAUCCCAGCUACAAAGCUGAGAUGGGUUACAGGUUAUGGGUUAGUUAUGGCAUCCGGGUCGCAUAGUGGGUUAUCGGGUGUGUCAGGUAACAUUAAGUUUUGGGAUAUAAGGUCUGGUAAUGUUGUUUUUGAAUUGAAGGAAAAAGAUGAUUGCUUUUCGGAUGUUUGUGUUUCGGAUAAUUUGAAUGCAAUUUUUAAGGUUGGAGUGAAUUCUGGGGAAGUUUUUUACACGGAUUUGAGGAGUUUAGGGAGUGUGAGCGAUGAUGCUAAUGAUAAUAGUAAUCCCUGGAUUUGUCUUGGCAAUAGCAGGAAGGUUGUUAAUGGGAAGAAAGAAGGGUAUGGGUGCAAAAUUGAGAGUCAUGGAAAUCAAGUGUUUUGUAGUAAAGGAGGGGAUAUCGAGUUGUGGUCUGAGGUUGUGAUGGGUUCAGCGAAGAUUAGUGAGGGUCCAUUGAAGGAGAGGAGGGUUUUUAGAAAGAAUUUGAUGGGGAGAGUGAAAGAUUUGGGAGGGUUGAGGAUAACCAACUUGGCAUUUGGUGGGAACAGGAUGUUUGUGAUCCGGAAGGAUCAGCAAGCUGUUGAGAUUUGGCAAGGUUCAACAAGAGGGAUUUGAUCUUCAAAACCUUUGGUUAGAUGUUGCAUACGAGAAUAUUGAUCAAACUACAAGUCAGUAAAUUAUUUCAUUAGUUAGUGUGUAGUCUGAUACUGAUGCAGAUAGGACUGUAAUGUAUCUUGUAAUUGUUUAUAUGUGGUUCUUGGUGAUUGAAUUCAUACCAACAAUUGAUACUGUAAUAGUGAAUCAUAAAUGAGAAAGUGCAAGCCUUUGCUGUUUAGUCUAUCAAUUUUAGGCCUUGUGCAAAAUUUGUGGUGAA